AUGUUUAUACGUUUACACUGCGGUUGUGUGACAUUUUAUCCCCCUUUAGGGGGUGUUUCUUCCUUUAUUUUACUACCGCAAUCCCGUGGUUUCGUCCUUGUAAGGUUCCCUUUGUCGUCUAACUUACAGGUUGGUAGAGGCGGGACAGGGAGAGAAGUAUUCGAUUUUUUUUUUGGUGCUUCUCGGCUACAGGCUGCGUAUCUGGUUCUAUAUUUUUGUUCUUUCUUUCCGUGUGGCACCGCAAAAGGUGUAAGUACCAACGGGAGGAGGCUGGAAUCAACGAGGUGUGAGUUAUAUAUGUAUAUAUUGAAUAUGUGA